UCCACUGGAGACACUCAAAUUGCAAAAUGCAUGCUUGAUAAAAAUAUAAACUUACUUGGCAUUCCAGACUUGAGAUUUCAUCUUCCUGUUGCAUUGGCUAUUGAUGCUGGCCAGAAAGAAAUGGGAAGUUUUCUCUACAAGGAAACCCCAUUGGAAGUCCUCAAACCCGAAAAUGGCUAUCUAGGUUCUUGACUUCUUCGUGCAUGUUUCGAAGCUGGUGAACUUGAUAUUGCUCUGCAUCUACUUGAACAAUGUGAAGACAUCAUUUUUGCUGCAGACCACACCAAUUGGACACCAGUUGCGAGUAUAGCAAUCAUGCCUUCUGCAGUUGAGAGCGUAGUAAGUCAACUUCGAUUCUGCAAAAAAUGGAUUUAUCACUCUACACCCAUGCCAUCAACCACAACAACCCAUAAUGUUUAUGUGGACAUUCAACAAGAAGGCUACGUUAAAAGCAUUCAAGGGCAUGGUCUACCGCACUGUUUCAUCUCAAGCGUCUAUAGUUUGUUAGGAGUGAAGGAAAUAUAUGAGCUGAAUUUAUUACAUGCACGAGCAUCUCAAAUUCUUAAACUACUUUGUCGGAGGGCAACUCUUUUGGAUAAGCAGCAACAUGACAUGGUCAUAAAUACACUGGACCUUGCGGCCAAAGAAGGGCUUGUUGAUUUUUUGUCUGAAGUAUCAAAAACAAACCCACAAUUAAUUCAGUUCACUUCAAGCUCAGGAAAUCGGAACACUUUCUUCAGUGCUAUUCAACAUCGACAAGCUGAGGUUUUUAGCCUAAUCCACGAGUAUCGCUUCAAGAAUUUGAUAGCAUCAGUGGUAGAUACCUCUGGAAAUUGCAUGCUGCAUGUUGCAGCCAAGCUAGUUCCUUCUAAUCAACUUAAUCGCGUCUCUGGUGUGGCUCUACAGAUGCAAAGAGAAAUGCAAUGGUUCAAGGAAGUUGAAAGGGUGGUACCUCCUGGACUGAGGGUAUCUCAAAAUAGUAAGGGUAAACGACCAGAAGACAUAUUCAAGGAAACUCACACAAAUUUAAGGGAUGCAGGAGAAAAAUGGAUGAAAGAUACAGCAACUUCUUGUUCUGUUGUUGGUGCUUUGAUUGUUACCAUCAUGUUUGCGGCUGCUUUUACCGUUCCUGGAGGGAAUGAUCAAAACACUGGCUACCCAAUGUUUUUGAAAGACAAGUUAUAUAUACUCCUUGUCAUCUCAGAUGCGCUGUCAUUGUUUUCUUCAACAACUUCUGUGCUGACAUUUUUAGGGGUUUUUACCUCACGCUAUGCUGAAGGAGACUUUCUCAUAUCCUUACCACAGAAGCUGAUCAUAGGCCUUUCUACACUCUUUUUGUCCAUUUUAACCAUGAUGGCAGCGUUUUGUUUAUGCAUUAUUCUCAUGCUGAAGCAUACAUAUUCAUGGUCUUAUCUUCCUGUUAUUAUCAUUGCUAGUGUCCCAAUAACCCUGUUUGUGUUGUUACAAUUCCCUCUUCUUCUUGAUGUGAUUUCUUCUACUUAUGGCCCAGGCAUCUUCAAGAGAAAUGUAAAAUAAAACCUUGGCCAUGAGAGUUUGUAUGUGCAUGUCGUUAUUAUAGCACUCCCUAUGUACUUAAUUUC